AUGGCAAAGAAGGAACAUUCAAUGCUCUCAGGUGUGCAGAGUCUGGACAACGAAAAGCGGCUCCGGAUUCUUAGCAUCGUCGAUAAAUUACGCGAACUUGGUGUCAGCGAGAAUGUUUCACUUCCUCAGCUCGUCGUUGUCGGGGAUCAGUCGAGCGGAAAGUCCUCGCUCCUUGAAGGGUUGACCGGUCUUUCUUUCCCCAUCGACAGCGAUCUCUGCACGCGGUUUGCCACGCAGAUGGUCCUCAGACGGGUGCCUGGAAAUGAGGCUAAAGUCAAAGUUACAAUCAUCCCUGGACCGACGGCGCAAGCAGAUGAGGUUUUGAAAGAGCAGCUGCAGAGCUUUGCCCGGGUCCUUGAGACAGAUUCUUUUGGUCCUGCAGAGUUCGCGAAGAUAUUCGACGAAGCGGCACAACAAAUGGGUCUCCCUGGUCCGAAUGACAAAGAACUGGAAAACUUGGAGAAACGUUUCUCAGAUGACAUUUUGAAGAUUGAGCUUUCGGGACCGGAUCAACUGCAUCUCAGCGUCGUCGAUGUUCCUGGUCUAUUCCAUAAUCCAACCAAGUAUCAGACCAAGGAAGACCGUGAUAUCAUUCGUGGGUUGAUCCAAAACUAUAUCACUGACAAGAGGACGAUCAUACUUGCUGUGUUAGAUGCGAAAAACAACCUUGCAAACCAGGAGGUGUUCUCGAUGGCACGCGCGGCAGAUCCCCAAGGUGCCCGAACUGUUGGAAUCAUCACCAAGUGUGACACACUCGAACAGGGCGACGAAGAAGGGGUGCUCCGAAUUGCCAGGAACGAGACUGAGAAGCUCCGUCAUGGCUGGUUUGCCGUCAAGAAUCGCUCUACAAAGGAUAUUCGGGAUAGAAUCACGAUUGAGCAACGUCACAUCCACGAGGAAACAUUCUUUGCCUCUAAAGCGCCCUGGACGGAGCUGAGCAAGGAUCGAGUGGGUAUUAAUAAAUUGAGGCAGUUUCUUGGCAAUUUGCUUUACGAUCAUAUUCGGGGCGAGUUUCCUUCCAUGGUUAAGGAGAUCGAGGAGCUCACUCGUCACACUAAAAGUGAGCUUAAGCUCUUGGGACCGUCCCGGCAGUUCCCGACAGAUCAAAGAAGGGUGCUGAUGCACAUUGCGUCGAAGUACCAAGCGGAGGUAACAAAGGCGUUAAACGGGAACUAUGCCGAAGGCCUGCAAUCUGAUAGUGUGCUCAAACUUCGAUUGCGUUUUCGUCAGCUGAACGAGGAAUUUGCAGACGAUAUGGCUCUUAAAGGCCAUGCGAGGGCAUUCCAAACAGUGAAAAAUGAAGUCGAUGAGAAGUACCCUGAGUAUCGUGCAGUUAACGACAGUAUUUAUGACUGGAUUCGUGAUUUGUAUCGUAACUCACGAGGCGUGGAACUCCCUGGGACUGUCAACCCGGUUGUUCUCGAAGGCAUGUUCCGUGAGCAGUCUGCUCCAUGGAGGGAAAUCGCCCGUUCUUACUUACUAAGAGCCGUGAAGACCGUCAGAAAGUUUAACGAUCAGGUCUUCGAUAGUAUCAUCGGCGAGGAUGGGCUGAGAAGACUGCUUAGAUCGCGCCUCAAGAGUCGUGAAGAGUCAGCCUUUGGCCGGGCGCUUGAUUAA